AGGAGAUCGGAUAACAUGCGAUUUGCAAGGUUUCGCGCCCGCCCGAGCCCUCCAGGGAGGCCCCGUCGUCGGCGUUGUGUGUCGUUGCUUUCGUGCUGAACGUUGAAGGCUUCAUCGCAGUUCUUUUCUGAGUAUGUGGGGUACGGGCUCAUUGACGCGCAGCAGACGUGGUGGGGCAGCUGCUGGCGAUUGGAGUCCAAUGAUCGCUCCAUCACUGCAUUCCGCCCAGACGUAGUCCCGAUCGUCCGCGUCAGCCAUGCCGCGAGGUUCUGGCCGCCAGCCCGGAAAGGCAAACGGGUGCAGGACGGGCCCGCAAUAGAGGACAUCGGUGAAGACAUCUUGGACGGUGUCGACAUCGACAACAUCGGCGGCGACGUCGACGUCGGCGCGGCCAUCGAUGAUAUUGGUGGUGACAUUGCCGCCGGUAGCGGCCUCCACGUCGACAUGGGUGGCGACAUCGACCCGGGUAGUGGCGACGUCAUCGACCAGCUUGAGAUGCUCGCUUUGUUCAUGGAGCUGGAGGAGGAGCUACGCAGUGCUGUCGGUAGCGAGGGCCUCGGUGGCGCUGGCUCUGAGCCCCCCGCGCCGCCUCCGCCGCCGCCGCCUGCUGGCCCCGGGCGUCCUGGGCGAGGCCGCGGCGGUGGGGUCCCCCGCUACUGUCACUACAGUGUCGCUGGCUUGGACGGUAAUCCGAUCGGCUACAUUUUGUUCAAUGAGAAUUCCAAUACCUUCGAUGCCCACUGCAGCCGGCACGGCAAAGAUUGUGCGGUCAGCAAGUCUUGUCGGGCCUUCGAGGGCGACGCAGCUGGGUCCGGCAAAAGAUUGGCUCAAGGGCGUCCUUUGGGAUUCUUGGUAGCGUGGCUUCGCUAUGGCACGAGCGACCUCUUCGGCGACGGCCCAGAGCAUCGCAAACACCAUUUCGACGCCCGUUUGAGGCGCGGGCCGCACGCUCUUUUGAUGGACGGCGAGGGCCCGCUCAGACGCGGAUCUCGCGCGUGGGUCCAGUCGAACCCGCACUUCGAACCACUGCGGAGGGCAGAGAGGAAGCAGAGACCAGGUGAGGCAGUCGAGCCACCUGGCCCGAUCUAGUGCCACUGACAAACUGUUCGCCCUCAUCAUGACGUCACUUUCACUGGCCCAUCAUAAGUUAUCUCAUCCCCAGCGAGCCGUGUCUUACCUAACCCCUCCCCCUUUGGCGACGGAGCCCGAUCGCGGGGGUUGACCCUCGGGCAGCACAGGGUUGCGCCACGCCCAGUAGCAGGGGCUCCGUUUGCAGUUUCGGCGGCCGAGGGGUCCGCCUUGGGGGGGGGGGACCACCCCCGGGGGACACCCGCUUUGCAGGGGCAACCUAAAAGUGCCUUCGGUUUCACCCCUUUGCGGGGGCACUUCGCAAAACAACGUUUUCGGCUCGACCCCCCCGGGGGCGACUUCCCGG